AUGUCUGGAGAUACCCCCAAGAUUGUCCCUCUCACUUGCCAUGGUCAUUCACGACCGGUUACUCACUUGAGUUUCUCUUCCAUUGUGGAUGGUGACCAAUAUUAUCUCAUCUCGGCCUGCAAAGACAAUAAUCCUAUGUUGAGAGAUGGAAUUACAGGGGACUGGAUAGGAACCUUCAUCGGACACAAGGGCGCAGUGUGGUCGGCGAGACUGUCAUCUGAUGCUAAAAUUGCAGCCACUGGCUCGGCAGACUUCUCAGCGAGAAUCUGGGAUCCUCAGACGGGAGAAUGUCUGCAUAUCCUUAACCACGACCACAUUGUACGAGCUGUUGCGUUUCCCAUACAGGACAACCCGCAGUGCGUGGCCACUGGAGGUCAAGACAAGAAGCUGAAAAUCUUCGACCUCACCAGAGGAGGCAGUGCGAUUUCUCCAGCACAGGCAAAUGGCUCAUCCCCAGCCACCCCUUCCGUCACUUCGGAGGGACUCGAAAUCGGUGCCGGACAACACGGCGGAACAAUCAAGUCCAUUGUCUGGAACGUCGACUACAACAUAGUCACAACAGCCUGCGAAGACAAGACCAUACGAUGGUGGGAUCUAAGAAUGCAGGGCAUGAUCUCAAGCUUCCGAACCGAACGAGACAUCGGAUCGUGCGAAUUAUCCACCAACAGGUCGGAGGACAGUGAUCCAGGCAUCCUAAGUGUGGCCGCCGGGCAUUCGUGCUACUUCUUCGACGCAGGUCGACCCGCAGAACUCAUCAAGCAAGUCAACUUCGACCACGAUGUUGCCAGCGUGGCCAUCAACCCUUCGAGUGGCAAGUUCGUCACCGGUGGUCACAAAGACACGUGGGUUCGAGUAUGGGAUUUCGCGGAGGAGAAAGAACUGGAGGUGCUCAAAGGCCAUCAUGGCCCAAUCUGGACCAUCGCCUUCUCGCCCGACGGCAAGCUCUAUGCUACGGGUAGUGAAGACGGAACUAUUAAACUGUGGAAAGCUUGCAAGGGACCUUAUGGCCUAUGGCGGUGA